CAAUAACAAACAACAUGGCGGAAAAUGCACCAGUAGUUUACAUUAAAAGAAAACGGUCGUCGUCAGGAGUUUAUUGUAUUGCCCCAGGCUGCACAAAUGGAUUUUAUACGAAGAAGGAAGAAGUACAUUUCCAUAGGCUGCCACUAAAGGAUGAGAAGCUGCUCAAAGCAUGGGUUAUUUCCAUGAAACGGUCCGAUCCGCCGCUGAAUCAGUACGCACGUGUGUGCAGCGAACACUUUAAAAAUGACGAUUAUGUCCACAAAAUGAGGUUUGAUGAGUCUGGAUGCUUGGUUCAAUACAAAACAUCGGAUUUGAAGCCAGGAUCUGUUCCCACAAUAUUCGAUUUCUCAACGUAUGCAGUCGGGAACACCGACCGUCCCAGCACGUCGGCCGCGCAAGACAAUGACAGUGUCAACAAACGUGAAGUUCGAGCCACCAAACGAGUUGCUUCAGCUGCCGAGAGAGAGGCAGAUGUUUUUCCUGAUUUGCGAGACAGCACACGUCCAACGAGAGCAACAUCAACGAAUGACACUGUUGGAUUCACCCUACGACUCAAAGGAUUCUGGUCAGUCACAAAAUACAUUUUGAACUAAUUAGGAAGAACUUCUCUAUGGGCAUUAUUAGAAUAAUGGUUACCUAAAGAAAAAAGAUUAUCCCUGUGUGAUGUUUGCAUAUAAUGCACCAGGUUGUGCCUUUGGACUUUCUAAAAGCAUGAUGAGGAUUUGCAAGCUUGUCUCCCAGAAAUGAAAUACCUAUUUGUUUUUGCCAAAAACGUUUUUAAGAGAAAUACAAUUGUUGUUCGGAUUAUGUUCAUUGGCAAUGUUUUUUCAGUUAAACGACUACUAGGUUAUUGUAUCGCAUGUAUAGGUACAUUUACAAGGCGUGACUGCAAGACCAGAAACCAAGGAUCUCCUAAUUAGUCCCACAUUUGGAGAGCUUUAGGCAAAAAAAGCUUAACGGACUAAGGUUGAGGUGUAUUUUGUUGAAUGUAAGUGAAG